UGAUCGAGAGGGAUAGUAGUACAGUCGAGAUAUCGACUCUCGACUUAACCUCGUUGGAGCAUCCGCUAGGUGCGUGUAAGUCGUAAUUGUUCCGCGAACGUGCGAGCAAUUGGGAGGGAGGAGAUCGAGUGAACUGACAGGUGUUUCGAUAUCGUGCGGAGAGAUAUUACAAUUCGGCGCGAGAAUUUCGCGGGUGCGCGUUGUACGUAUGUAUGUUUCAACCACUUUAAUCAAGUACGCGCAGGCGCCACGUUCUAUCGUGAUAUCCUUCGCUUUCCCUCCUCUCGUCCAUAAUUCUACACGUAACCGCGCGCCGCCAUAGUUAAUAUUUCAGCCGAUAUAUAAAGAAUAUUAAUAGAACGCGUACGUGUGUGCGGCGCGCGUUUCCGAGCGUCGUUUCGAUCGAGAAAGAGAGGCUAUCGGGAUCGAGGAUGCAUUGGUGAUGUUGAACAUCUCGGAGGCGCAGUGUGUCAAUUCGCGCCAGCGUGACUCUGUCGGACUUUCCGAACGAGCAGCGCUCGAAGAGUCAAAACGCGUGGCCAGCGUGUGUAGUAGUAGCAGUAGUAGUAGUGGUAGUAGUGGUGGUGGUGGUGGUGUCGGGGCGGUUAUGUACCGUUAGCUCGAAUUCGUUCCCGUUGGCCGGUUCUCUCGAGAUCCACGCUCGCAUCCUACCUACCGACCGAGGAGAAGACCGAGCUAUAUUCGAUCGUGGUGUCUCGGCUGUCGUAAACCCGGAAACGCGAAGUGUGCGCGUCUUCGAGAGUCUUUGGCGCGCAGAAAAGAGAGAAAGGAGGAGAGAGAGAGAGAGAGAGAGAGAUAGAGAUAGAGAUAGAGAAAGAUAGACGGACGGACGGACAGACGGAGAAAGAGCGGCAGUGCGAGUCGAGCGCGAAUUUAUCGUGAAGUCACUCUCUCGAGCUUCCGUUAGAGACGUGCGCGCGCGCGCGCGCGCGCGUGUGUGUUGUGUGUGUGCGUAUCCCGUUCUCGUCACAUACGGGUUUCUCCACGCGUACGUAUGACGUGUGCAGACCGAUAGCCGCGACGAUACGUCGGUUAGCGUCGUGCACGUAGAAAUGAGAAAGUCGUUGCCGCCGCGCUGAGGAUCGGGGCACGAUCGACGACGCAGGCGAGCCAGCCAGACGGACGAUUCCCGUACUAAGCGGAGUUACACGAAGGCGGCGACAGUAACAGCGGUACGUUGGAGCCGAGCGCGCACUGGAGAGCUGCUUUCUCGUCUCUUUGCCCGCUUGUCUACCGCCUGUACUUACGAGUGUAAUUCUGAAAAAUGAAUUUCACACCAUUCCCCGGAUUCACCGGUUCGCUGCCGACCGGUACUGUUCAUCAAUUUGCUACAGCGAAAUUCGCGCAGAAUCUUACUACUGGUGGACAAGUGGUUGGAGUUCUGUCAGGUGGUGAAGGUGGUGUUCAUUACCUAAGGCCAGUUGAUCCAAAUGGCUUUGCCGUGGCUCAGGGCGGUAACAGUCAGCAACAGCAGAUUAUUACUUUGCCUAUUACUGUACCGGGAAAAGAUGGCACGCAGCAACAACAGACUGUCCAGAUACAAGUGGUCAAUCCUAACGUACCUCAAAGCGGAAAUAGUGGCGAUCAACCGAAAUAUCAUUUGGCGCCAAUAUCGUUGGGUCAGUUUCCGCAGGGGGCAGCUACCGUUCUCACUGUUGCCUACAGUCAGCAAGGCGCGGAUGGAGUACAAAUACAAGUACAACCGCAAAAUACUGUGGCGACUACGCAAACAUCCGAUCAAACGACACAAAGUACAUCUACCGCUGUGACCACUACAUCUCAGCAGACCAUCCAACAAACGGUACAGCUUCCGGGAGCGCCCGAAGGUCUGACUGUAGUUGCUCAGAUUCCUCAAGAUUUGAUCCUGCGAGAAAGCAUAGAAGAAUCUAAGGAGGACGUGAAAGAGGGUACGACACCCGUGGCCCUUAUUAAGCGGGGCAGUGUCAAGAAUCAAGGUAAUCAGAGCGGGGAAGAGUUUAUUACUUCUAUGCCCGCUAGUUGGCAAAGUCUCGCCACUCCAGGAUCUACGGUCGCAGAUUAUCUCUCCAGACUACCUACCAGUACUCUGCCUCUUAGUUUGCAACAUUUUCUCAAGUUUUCGGCGGAGACUAUAAAAAGAGAAGCUACCAUCGAGUCUAGUCCGCUCGGGGCGGAUGGUCUUGAUGCUUCCGGAAGCACAGCCUCGGGGGAGCAAGCGGUGCAGAUUACAGUUGCAGGAGGAGAAACGGCGAUCAUUCCCGACGUUGUCGAAGAACAGGAGCCGGGGGCAAAGCCAAAGCGAAAAAAGAAAUACAAAAAGAAACCUCCGAAACCGAAGAAACCAAAACCAGGGCAAGUGAGUAUAGUUACUGCUCUCGAUGGUACGACACUGUUUUGCUGCCCUCAAUGUAAUAUGGCGUAUCCGGAGAAGGAAAGUUUGGAACAGCAUCUGAUUGGACACAAAAUAGAGAGGAGGUUCAUAUGCGACAUUUGCGGCGCUGGUCUUAAACGAAAGGAACAUUUGGAGCGGCACAAAUUGGGCCAUAAUCCUGAUAGACCCUUCAUAUGUUCUGUUUGCAUGAAGGGGUUUAAACGAAAAGAACACUUAAAUCUUCAUUUUGUUAUACAUUCUGGGCAAAAGACCGAAGUCUGUACCGAAUGCGGCAAAGCGUUCUAUCGGAAGGAUCAUCUUAGAAAGCACGCGAGAUCUCACCUCGCUAAGCGUGCCAAGGAGGAUCCAUUGAACACGAGCGACGCGGCGCAAAAUCAACAACAGGCGGACCAACAGCAGCAGCAAGUGGAACAAAUGCAACAACAGUCUUCGGUGCCUGAAUUGCAGCAAAUCCAGAUACAAGUAGGACAAGGCUCUCAAGCGCAGAUUCAUCAGAUUUCCGUUAGCGAGCAGUCUACGGUAGUUUUACCUACAGCUGCCGAGACUGGAGCUAUGACUAUGCUGCAUCAUCAACAGCAGCAGCAACAGCAGCAACAGACGCAACAGCAACAGCAUUAGCAACAGCCUACCGCCCCGAAUCAACUUGGGCGGUACUUUCGUUUCAAUCAUCAGCACGCUAGAGGUCGUGCACGACAUAGCGUACUCGCUGAUUCUGCAAUGAAUUUCCCGCCGUUCGGAGGUCAUUUCCCUAGUACUAUACCGAGUAUCCAUCAAUUCGCGACCGAUAGCUCCAGCGGUGCGAGCGCGCGUUACGCCAAUCAUUUUCCCAACCAGCCUCCGAUCGGAGUGCCGGUUAUGGGAAAGUACCGUCCCGAGAACAACGGCGUACAAUCCGCUCAGUCGCAAGUGAUGAUGAACAAUAAAACCAGCUAUCCCAACAGUAAUGUUCACCAUUAUCCAAAUGUGCCGUACUCUCAAGCCCAAUCGGUUCAACAACGGCCGGCCAAUUCGCCUGGAAUGCAAGAGAAACGCUCGUAUCAUCAGCAGUCCACGGAAACUAUAAAUCAGCAAGAUGUUUGCAAUCUCCUUCAAGACAAGGAUAAGAAUAAAGAGAAAAAAACUGAGGAACAGCGCAAUGGAGAGACUGCUACAAAUGGUACUCAACAGGAUUACACGAUGCACCAACAUCAUCAACAACAUGCUCAUACUCAGACUCCAGCCACUAUGCCUGCUACGUGGCAGUCGCUCGCUACUCCCGGAUCCACUGUAGCUGAUUAUCUCAGUCAUUUACCGGCUAGUACUUUACCAUUGAGUUUACAUCAUUUUCUUAAAUAUUCUGCCGAAAGUAUCAAAAAGGAGUCGGAGAUGGCACAAACUACUUCGGUGGCUGUGGCGACUACAACGACACCUAACAUAAUGAUGUCGCCGAAUAAUAAAAAGAAGAAAAAGAAGAAGACGCCAAAGGAAAAGAAGCCACGUCCAAAGCCUGGCGAAAUUCGUCUAACGACAGCAUUAGACGGCUCGACGUUGUAUUGUUGUCCAGAAUGCCAUAUGGCAUAUCCGGAACGAGAAUUGUUGGAGCAGCAUCUUUUAGGUCACACCUUGGAAAGAAGAUUUGUCUGUGACAUAUGCGGCGCUGGCUUGAAACGAAAAGAUCAUCUUACGCGUCAUAAACAAAGCCACAAUCCCGAGCGACCUUACGUUUGCACUGUUUGUUUGAAGGCUUUUAAGAGAAAGGAACAACUGACAUUACAUUUUGUAAUACAUUCUGGGGAGAAACGACACGUGUGUACCGAAUGUGGCAAAGGAUUUUAUCGGAAGGAUCAUCUACGCAAACAUACCAGAAGCCACAUCGCGAGAAGAGUGAAAGCUGAACUAAGUCAAAAUGCUAGUACGCAACAGAAUCAACAACAAAAUAACGUUUCGAAUAUGCAAACGACAACCGUUUCAGCAUCAUCUGUUCUUCCGGGCGGGCAUCCAGGCUCUCUCCUGUCCUGAGCCCCGCCACCAGGGAACUUUCAGGUUCCCCAUCCAAACAAUAUUCUUCAUACACAUACUUCGCAUCAUUCGCUACAUCAUCAUCAUCUAACGGCGGUUAAUGUGGCGCAUCAGUCGAGUAUCACGCCACUUGCUACAUCCGGUCAUUAUCAGUCGCACGAACUUAGCUUUUUGGGACACGUUAAAGAUUUCUGAGACGAGGAGAGGACCUCGAUAAAGAGGUAACACCAAGACGCUAACCGAUCGUCACUGUCUCAUCGUCGACGUGAGUAGUUCUGACUGACCCAUGAUUUGAAUCUAGUGAGUUUUAUAUAAACAUAUAUUCGUAUUAUGUGCUUAAAAGCUUCCAUGUCUCAUCUUUUUGAUGCAACAGAGAUAUAUGAUCAUUCCUUUUUCCAUUUUUACUUCUUUGGCUUGGCGACACAUUUGCUCUGUCAUUUUAAGAUGAUUUAUAAUUUGUUGAUUGACCCCAAUAUUAUUCUCACUAGAAUUACACAUCAAUCAAUGCGGUAACUUCUCUUGCCAAGUAUACACGGCGUACAAUUAUUAAUUUAGUUUUUCACUCCAUUGUGUGUAAUUGGACACUAUAUAUG